CAUAAAACAAACAAAAAGUUAAAAUAGAAAAAAAUCAACAAAAUCUUAAACAAAAAUAAACUUUUUAAAACACAACAACAACAACAUCUAAUCAUUGCACCUGAAUGUUUUUUAUUUAACAAAAUGUCGGCCGAUAUAGAAAUUACCAGCGUUUUGGGAACAAAUGGCCAACCUUUACCUAUACACGGUACCGGUUUGGGUUCCACUUGGUCAGCGCCGGUUAAACAAGAACGAGCCGAUGAUGCCGAAAUACAAGAAUUGGCCGCCAAAAUGAAAGAGGCCCAAAAGGAUGCCUUAGCCAAACAACAACAACAGGCCGCACAAAUGGCCCUAAGACAGGCGAAUGGUAUGCAACCGCCAGUCACGGCCAAUGGUCAAACAAAUAUACUAAAUUAUCUUAAUCGUACACAAAAACCUACCAAUGGUAAUGUCACCUCUAAUGGUCGUUCCUCAAGUACGGACGAUAAUAAAAAGCCACCCUGUGAUGAAGAAUCACAAAAGGGACAUUUUGGUUGGACGACAUUUGGUAAAACCUAUAUACCCUAUAUAUACCGGCAACAGGAGAAAUAUUGUUCGGUGCGCAUGAUAGAAAUGAAACUAUUGGGUAAAUAUCUUAAUUGCCUGCAUCCCGAUAUCUAUUCCAGCUGCACUUGUGUACGUUCCUACUAUAUAACCGAGGCUGAGGCAAGACUUUUCAUAGAAAUCAAUCACAAACAUUGUGAUGGUGAAUUUGGUCGUGAUUUAUUUACGCAAAAGGAUUUAGUGGUCAGACUAUCGGAUGCCACUAAAUUCUAUCAAUUCCUAGACAUAUGCUAUCGUAAACUAAUAUCGGGCAGUAAAUCACCUUCGGAAAAAUGUGGUUUUAUACGCAUUAACAAAGAAUCCGUAGUGCCCUAUACGGUGCGCAAUGGUGAGCAAGUGGUGCCUUUGUUUUAUUUUGAAGGUGAAACGGAAAAUCUUAAACAAAAGGCUGACUUGUUAUCGGGAUGGGAUUUGGCCUAUUUGAAAUUUUGCUGUAAAGUUCAGGGCAUAAGGAAUGAAUUGUUCUCCAGUGAAAAUGUGGCAGUCAUAAGUCUGACAGAUAUUAAAUCGUAUUUUCCCAAUGGCACCGAGUUUGAGGAUUAUUGGCCCAGUAAAGUGGUGGACUCUAAUUUACUAAUAGGCAAUCGUUCAAAUGCCAAUAAUUCGGUUAACUGGACAAGACAACCCUCACAACCACCGCCAAAAGUAUUAACACAAACCACCAUGCAACAAAAACAAACACAACAUUCCUCAGCAGCUGCAGCGGCGGCAGCAGCAGCUGCUCAACAGCAACAAAUAUUAAAACGUGGUGGUCCUACAGCGGCAGCUGUAGCAGCAGCUACAGCCUUUAAUGCCCAAUCUCUAUUGCAACAGCCUAAUGCAGCAGCUGCAGCGGCCGCCCAUCGUAUGCAUUCAAAUGCCGCUUUGGCUGCUCAAGCAGCCACAGUACAGGCCAUUGCCAAUGGUUCCUGGAUGUCUCAACAGCAAAAUAGUUUACCUUUAAUACAUGCUCAAAUGCUGGCCUCACAGCAGGCUCAUCAAAAUCAAGCAGCCGCCAAUUCCCGCAAUCAAUAUCGUAAUCCCAUGGAGAAUCUCAUUUUAAAUAAUCGCCAACCCUAUGGAGCCUAUAAUAAUGCCACCAUAUCAAUGCAACCGGUUAAUAGUCAUGGACAGGGUAAUGCUCCACCUCCACUAGUACGUUCGGCUGGACAACAAAAUGCCAAUCAUAUGUCUAGUAUCGAGCAAACGUUGCUGCAACAACAACAACAAACACAACAACAUCAACAGAGACCCAACUCCUCCAAUUCCUCACAGACAUUAAACCACCACCAACAACAGCAACAACAAAGACAUAUAAAUACCUCCUUAAAUCCCAUACAUUCUCCCAAUAGUUUGAAUAAUCUCAAACAAUCACCUUCACCCUCAACUCCAUCACCGUCUCCUUUAUCGGUAGCCUCUAAUGCUAAUGCUUUAUUGGCAAAUAAUUUCAAUUUAGCCGCUUCUUCGGCACCAGCCACAGCACAAGAUUUUAAUAAUUUAGCUUUAUGGAAUCAACUAACACCCAGUCAACGUUUGGCUUUAACACAGCAAUUCAAAAAUUCUGGCAAUUUAUUAGGUGCAGGAGCAGGCAUUAAGAAUCCUUUUCCUCCUUUACCCUCACUGCCUUUAGAUACUGAUUUGAUUACCAUGUUGGAUUAUAAUCCUAAUAAGGCUAAACAGCAGGCUGGUUCAGCAAAUGCCAGUAAUAAUGGUCAAUUCACUAAGCCUCAUGUACCGCCUUUAAUACCUGUAAAUAGUUUAGAGCCGCAGCGUAAGGGUAGUCGCAGUGGUUCAACUGCUGCGGCAGGUACAGUUCCCUUAAACUCCUCGGCUGCCUUGGAAGAUUUUGAAAAGAAAUUUAAAAUGAAUGAUGAAAUGCGAGCGGUAGUACAAAAAGUUUUAUCCAAUCCAGAUUUAUCCACUUUUAUACAGACCAAUGCCUCCAAUACCUUUGUGCCUUUUAUAUCACCGCCCAUAUCACCAGCCAAUGGUGUCUUGAGUGGUGGUGCCGCUGGAGGCGGCACCUCAGUAUCUAUAGUACCUAAUCCUCAUGUCACCAUAACACCACAGUUGCCUGCCCAUUUUAGCCAUAGUAGUGCGGCGCAUUCACCUUCCUCAGCCUCCUCUACAUCUUCCAAUUCGGGAGGUAAUAAUAGACAGAAAAGUGUUAUUUGUUCCACUAAUAACUUGGGUGGUGCAGGUGCCACUUCAUUACUGCCCUCACCCUCCACUUCAAACUCUUCUUCAUCCUCGUCUUCCUCCUCCCACUCACCCUCUACACGUACAAAACUGACAGCCUACCAACACCACCAUCAACAGAACACGUACGCCCCACCUACACAAACACAACUUUCCUCCAACUCUUCUUCUACUACACCCACACCAAUGGAAGUAAUCGAUUUAUCUUCCCCCCGAAGGUCUCUGCAAGCAGCCACCGCCUAUUUGCAACAACAGCAACAACAACAGCAGCAACAAGCCGCAGCUGCUGCUGCAGCCCAACAACAAAGUCAACAGCGUUUGGCAGCCGCUGCUGUGGCACAACAUCACUCACAGCAGAAUGGACGCAGCUCCUCUAACUCAUCCGCCUCCUCUCAAGUCAACUCAGCCAGUAUGCAUUUGCAGCGUCAUGCUUUGGCAGCAGCUGCGGCGGCCGACAGUGCCCAACGUUUGAAUGUUAUACCCGAAAUACCCGCCAACAAUUUGAAUAUGCAGCCGUAUAAAGUGCAAAAGGUUUAUGUGGAGAAUAAGCUGGUGCCGUGUAUCAAUAUGAAGGCCUACAAUGACAGUGAGCAGUUGAUGACAUUAACGGAUUUUCAAACAUAUUUCUAUCGUCAGGUGCCCUUGGAUCAAUGCAAACGUUUAAUAGAGGCUCUAGGCGUAGAGCUCUACAAGGGCAAUAGACACCAAUUGAAAGUUUUAAUGGAACAUGAUCCACAGCACAAUGAGAAUAUACCACUGGUGCAGGUGCGUGACAUUUUAAAGUAUAUGACACAAUUGACAUUCAUGAUAAGAAAUCAAGAGCAACCACCCAAUAAAAGAUCACGUAUAAGCUAG